AUGUCACAUUGUAGACGACACUCUCUAGAACCUUCCAUUGACUCCAUUACCGGUAAAUUCCGUGAUUCUUUGAAUUUCCACCGAGACGAUGACGUCAUCAACAAACCCGAUUUCCGAGAGCUCGAUUUAGGCUCGCCGAUUUCUCCGCUGAGGCCACGUGGCUCCUCCUCUUCCUCCGCCGCCGCGACUCCCGCCGCUAGUGGCAGCAGCUCAAGCUCCUCCGGCUCUGCUUCCGGAAAACCUGCCGUCACUUCCCAGCUACCUAGACGGAGUCACUCCGGCGAGCUGUCCGCCACCAGUCCGGUAACAACCGGAUCCGUAACCGCGAACCGGAAUCCAAAACCCGGUCACAGAAGAUCAGCUUCCGCCGGAACGCCGUUGAUUUACUCCGGUUUGGGGUUCUCUCACAAUUCUCGCGGCGCGACAUCGCCGAAUCCCGGCGUUUUACCCACCGGAAACAUUUGCCCGUCGGGAAGGAUUCUGAAAACCGGAAUGGCCACGCAAGCCUCGGUUAAAACAGAGACGCUAUGCGCAGGCACGUCCAAUUACGGCCGUGGUAACAUCAUUCGCAGCGGCAAGACAACGAAUAAUCAGACGACGAGAGCGGUGGCGGAAAUCGGCGACCCAGAGGAAGCGAAGAAGGCAGGUAACGAAAUGUACAGGAAAUCGAACUUCGCAGAGGCGUUAGCGCUUUACGACAGAGCAAUCUCACUCUCGCCGGAAAAUCCAGCUUACAGAAGCAAUCGCGCAUCGGCGUUGGCUGCGUCGGGACGGUUAGAGGAAGCGGUUAAAGAAUUCCUCGAAGCUGUGAGAUUCGAUCCUUCUUACGCUAGAGCUCACCGGAAACUUGCUUCUCUGUAUCUCAGAUUGGGAGAAGCCGAGAAUGCGAGACGCCAUCUUUGUAAUUCCGGUCAACGUCCCGAUCAAGCCGAUUUGCAGCGGCUGCAAACGCUUGAGAAGCAUCUCAGGCAUUGUUCAGAGGCUCGAAAGAUCGGUGACUGGAAAUCUGUAAUCAGCGAAGUCGAUGCAGCGAUUGCAAACGGAGCUGACUCUUCUCCUCAGCUUGUAGCUUGUAAAGGAGAAGCCUUUUUGCGGCUUCAUGAGAUAAAGGAAUCGGAUUUGUGUCUAUCCAGCAUUCAGAGAUCGGAUCAUAAUCAUACUCAACCACAAGCUAAGCUCUUUGGUAUGAUAUGUGAUGCUUAUGUGCUCUGUGUGCAAGCUCAAGUUGAUAUGGCGUUAGGAAGAUUUGAGAGUGCGGUUGUAAAGGCAGAGAGAGCUAUGAAGAUUGAUCGUGGCGAUAACCCUGAGGUGGUGUCGGUCUUGAACAGUGUGAAGAAUGUGGCGAAAGCUCGUACCCGUGGCAACGAGCUUUUUAGCUCCGAGAGGUACUCGGAAGCGAGUGUGGCGUAUGGAGACGGACUAAAGUUCGAUGCUUUUAACUCGGUUCUGUAUUGCAAUAGAGCGGCGUGUUGGUUUAAACUUGGAAUGUGGGAGCAAUCUGUUGAUGAUUGUAAUCAGGCGCUAAGAAUCCAGCCUAGUUACACCAAGGCUCUUUUAAGAAGAGCUGCUUCAUAUGGCAAGCUUGGCCGUUGGGAGGAGGCGGUUUCAGAUUAUGAGGUAUUGAGAAAGGAGCUUCCAGGAGAUAGUGAGGUUGCUGAGUCUUUAGAGAGAGCAAAAACAGCUCUAUGGAGUAAACCUGAAGAAACUAAAUACUUGGGAUUCAAUGACGAAGUUGAAGAGGUUUCUACUUUAGAUAAGUUCAAGACCGCGACAUCACUUCCCGGAAUCUCUGUGUUUUACUUCAAAUCAUCAUCAAACCGACAGAGCGAAGUGAUAUCUCCAUUCGUCAACACCUUAUGCUUGCGGUAUCCAUUAGUACAUUUCUUCAAGGUGGAUGUGGAGGAGAGCUUGGCAUUGGCGAAAGCAGAGAGCAUCAAGAAAGUUCCAACCUUUAAGAUAUACAAAGAGGGAGAGAAGUUGAAGGAAUUGGUGUGUCCAAGUCACAAGUUACUAGAGGACUCGGUUACGCGUUUCCUCUUAUAA